UCAAUUGGCGUGUGCUAAGCACGGCGUCGUUUACUGUCACCUCUCCCGAAUUGAAUAAACAAAUAUCAUCUCUCCCUCGUUUUCUUCAUAAGUUCUCUGAUUCCUUCCUCUUCCUCCAAUUAUUCGCUUCUCACUAUAGACGCUUUCCUUUCAAUUCUUGCUCUUCGCCUCUUGAUUAUCACCGCUGAAGCAGGCAAACUUGCUUCCUGUUAAAGAUGGACUUUUUCUUCAGAGGCCUAAAUGAUGAAUCUGUACCUUCUCAGCAUGACAUUCUUAGGUGUCCCUUUUUGAGAAAUAUUAAUGAGCCCACUAAUUUCUCCUUCUCCUCAUCUAUGCCUUUCCCAAUGCCUGUCCGCAAAGGCAGAGGUCCAAUUUUUGAAGAUGGUCCAAAUUUUGAUAUGGCAUUCAGGCUAUUCCAUGGACGGGAUGGAGUUGUCCCACUUACUGGAAGAUCAUUCUCAAGUUCUGAGAAAGACGACUCCCAACCAACCCUUCCUGAGUUCAAUCCUUUAGCUGCAAAGGCAGCUACCAUCAGUCUUUCAUUCUUUGGACCUGGGGGACCCUUUAGCUUUGACUCAUUUUCAAAGAAGUGGAAAAAUGAAAAGAACUCCAAAUCAUCCAAAAAGAAACCAUCUUCACAGGGAGGACAGCCAAAUCACGAGGCUUCAAGCAAUGAAUGGUUGCAAACAGGAAAUUGCCCAAUUGCAAAGUCAUAUCGUGCAGUUAGCAGUGUCCUGCCGCUCGUUGCAAAAGUUUUCCAGCCCCCACCUGGCGUGAAAUUCAGGUGCCCACCUGCCGUGGUUGCAGCCCGAGCAGCUAUAUCACGGACAGCUUUUGCAAAGAACCUUCGGCCUCAACCCUUGCCUGCCAAAAUACUUGUAAUUGGGAUGUUGGGCAUGGCCGCAAAUAUCCCAUUAGGAAUAUGGAGGGAGCACACCCAAAAGUUUUCAGCAUCAUGGUUCACAGCUGUCCAUGCAGCAGUUCCAUUCAUAGCCAUGCUUCGGAAAUCUGUGUUGAUGCCGAAAUCGGCCAUGGCAUUUACCAUUGCAGCAUCUGUGCUAGGACAGGUUAUUGGAUCUAGAGCAGAGAGGUACCGGCUGAAGACAGUAGCUGCAAGAAAAAUGUCUCUUGCAGAAACUCCUAUCAGUGGUUCAAGACAAUUACAAAUUGUAUCUGUUAAAGGAGGACAUUGUGGAAAUCUGGUGGAGUAUCCAGUUUCACUUCAGGUUGCAGGGAAUCCUUCGUCAGCAGAUGUGUUCUGCUGAUUCUUUCUGUUGGCACUUAAAGAUCCAACAUUAAUUGGAGUCUACAGAUUGUAAUUCUUUGUUUCCAACACAUGUUUGUUUUCACUGAUUGUCAUCUCCUUUACUGUAAGAACCUGAUUUUGGCAAUUGAAGGAAUAAAAGCUAUGGAGAAGAAAAAGAGUGAUUUAUUUGAGAA